AUGGCAACAAGUUUAACAUUUAAUUCUUAUGAAAACGAUGAUCGAACACAUUUAAUUGAAAAUUAUCAUUAUUUAUCUGAUCGUCGAUGUUUAAAACAACGUCAAUUUCAUGCUCCACUUGCAUUACGACGAAGUUUUUCACUUGAAGAUAGUUCAACAGAUAUUGAGACAAAUUUAAAAGCAAAAAACAAUGAUCAAAGUUCAACACAUUUAUCACCAGCAUAUAAUCCUCAAUUAAGUUCUUCACUCAAUUCUCUUUGUUUAAGACUUCGUCGUUAUCAAUUAUUACCUGAAUAUGAUGAUGAUAUCGCUAAAUCAUCAGAUGAAAAUGAUUUUAGUUGGUGGAAAACUGCUGCUCAUUUACGAACAAUGUUUGAAAGACUUCUUAUGGCACAACAAAGACGACAUUAUUAUGUUCCGGGUGUUUAUGAAAAUGAAGAAGAUAUUACUUUUAAAAAAUCGAAAAGACAAGGAAGAAGAAAUGCAGUUUGUCUUGGAAUUGAUCGAAUAUAUUAUAAUGAACAAAUGGUUUUAUUUUCAACAAUUGCUAAUGAAGUUCAAUUAGAAUUUAAUCUUCUGUCUUCGGGAUUUCGAGUAUAA